GGUGGAGAGCUCGUCCCGGGUGUGUUUGAGGGAGUUCGGGAGGUCCCGGUACCGGCAGUCACGGUGCCGGGCGGUGCUGCCCGGCAGAAAGAUGGCGGCCGUGCCCGGCACAAAGAUGGCGGCCGCAGCCGUGCAGCGGAGGGUAUUGCCCGGCACAAAGAUGGCGGCCAGGGCGGCGCUCUGGCUUCGCGUUUUCGCGGGGAGCGCGACUCUGACGUCAUCCCUCUGCGACGCCCUGGGGCCGCGUGGAUCAUGGAGGGGGGAAACGGGGCGACCCCGGGACCGGGAGCGACCCCCGAGGGGCCCAGCGGGGCCGCCUCGGCUCGGCGGCGGCGGAAAGGCGGCAAGAAGCGGCAGGAGGCGGUGGCAGCCAUCCCGCGGGGCAAGCCCAAGUCGGGGCGUGUGUGGAAGGAUCCCGGGAAGAAGAGGUUCUCCCACAUGAUCCAGGACAAGGCGCUGCGCAGCUCCUGGGCACGGAAAAUGAAGGAGAGGCAGGAGAAGAAGCUGGUCCGGGAUCUGGCGCGGCAGCUGGAGGAAGCGAAGCAGAGGGAGAAAGAGGAAAAGAAGCGGCGGCGGGAGGAAAACCUGAAGCGGCGCCUGGAAAACGAGCGGAAAGCCGAGAUUGUCCAAGUGAUCCGGAACCCCCUGAAGCUGAAGAGGGCCAAGAAGAAGCAGCUGAGGCGGGUGGAAAAGCGGGACACGCUGGCCCGGCUCCAGAAGACGCCCGUGAGGCGCAGCACGGCCACGGAAUGAGGCGGGAAUCGGGAUGCUGCCGUGCCCAAGCCAUGAUUCCUACAGAUCCUGCUCCUUGCCGGGGGCUUUUCUUCAGCUUGCCAGGCAGGAAUCGCUGCCAGGACCCUCAGUGUUGGACAAACAACAGGACAGGGCUGAGGGGGUGUAAUCCGCAGGAGCCAGCUGCUGGAUCCCCCAAGCCCUGUGGGAUCAGGAUGUGGCCUGUGCCAGAGGCUGGAACAGAACUUUGCUUUCCCGAAUUUGCCUUUUCCUCAUAAAAAUGAAUAGAAACUGAGAAGACAGACUCGUCUGCAGUGGCUCUGGGGUCUGAGGGCUCCAGCUGGGACCUUCCCUAAGGCUUUCCUAGGAUUGCAGUGUGCCGUGGCCCCUCAUUCCUUGCAGUUCCCCUUUCUCCAAUGAGGGAAUUCCUGUUGGGAACGAGCCCUGGAACCUGUCAGCAAGGAAGGGGGAGCCGGUGUCACACACCCUCCUGUGGGGGGCAACACUGGGAAUUUGGCGGGGGCU